AUGCCUCGUUCAUAUUGCUCUCCGAUAUUUAACGCAGUUGCUUUUAUAUCGUUUGUCUUGCAAUGUGCCGGUGCCAACAGCACAACUACUGCUGUGCAGCUUCGAAAAAGCGUACAGUUCUCAUAUGAUGGUGCCAAUUCGUUCCUGGACUUUAUUCGGGGCAAUGCCUCGCGUAACGCGACGAAGGAGCUUUUUGAGGUGUACUUGGAUCUGAAAAAUUAUGAGUUCCCGACUAUCCUGCUUACUCCUAUAUUUAAGUACUUUCCCGGAUACAUGGGCUGCGUGAUGUUUGGAUUACUAUUUGUAUUUAUUUUGCCGUUGAUUGGAAUAUUCUUCUGCUGCCUUCGGUGCUGCGGCCGCUGUGGUGGUCGGCUGUCUCCAAUGGAUCGUAAAGCUGAUCCCUACCGACGUGUGUGUUACACCAUCACCUUGGCUCUUCUAGUAACUGUUCAACUGGCUUCAAUUGUGCUUGCCUUCAUUAACUAUCAAUUGCACUAUGCGACUAUUACCAACAGCGAUAUGUCUAUUGGAAUGGCACCACAACUGACGCAGAGUAUUUAUGAAUUUCAAAUUGGCAUCACUGAUGUCGUCAACGCGGCCAAAAACUCAUCAUCGGUAAAUUUGAUCACCCAAAAGGAACGUUUUGAUGCUGUUUUCGAUGCCGGUUUAAGGGACUUCCAGAGAGAUUUCAUCUAUAAUUCCAGCGCAGCAGCCGUGGUGCGAGAAAAGGAGGCACUUCAACAAGCGGUCUACAAGUUUGCCGCCGGUUCCAUAGAUUCGAUUGCUAUGAAUGACUUUUUGGAGUCCUUGGAGAAGAUCUCAGUGGAGCUGCCCUUUAUCCAGACUACGAUUUCAGAUAUCCUCAACACCGAGUGCACGGUGGAUCAACUGAGCGCCUGUCGAGGGCUUCGUUUUAUCACUGACAAUGAUCUCAAGGUCACCUACACACUUGAACAGUUCCAGUCAAGCCAGGUGGCCAGCCUCCUAAGCACCUUAGAAUCGGUUCAACAGAAUGUCAGGGACCUGGAUAAUUUCAACGCAACUUUAUUGCGAAUGAAAGUGGAUGUUAGAAAGGCGAUUCAACCGAUCCUUGAUGAUGCCUGGAAUGAUCUGUCAAACUCUCCAAAGACCAGGGAGAAUCUCGUGAAAACUCUGGAGGUCGUUGCGGAGACAGCAAAGUCCUACUUGGCCCGGUUGAAUGACCUUAUUACUAAGUACAUCUCCUCCAAUUCCUCAUACAUUGCCAUCGGAAACGAGUACAUUCUCUACAGCGGAUUCGCCCUUCUUUGUCUCCCCGCUUUCAUUAUCCUCCUAUUCUAUCUUGGACUCUCCUUCGGGGUUUGUGGGGACCGUCCACACGAAGAGGCCAGUUUCUGCAAUCGCGGCGUUGGGGCUAACCUCCUCUUGUCAGGCGUCGUCUUCACCUUCCUACUGUCAAGUUUGCUGAUGCUGACCUGCAGCCUGUUGUUCUUGUCCGGGGGGCUGAUGCAGACGGAGGUUUGUCGCUACGCUACACACCACUACCCCGCGGGUCCGGCGGUGCUUGAUGACGCAUUGGAGGUAUAUGCGGAACAGCAAUUUCGCCAGGGCAUGAGAUUUCCCUCACAUUCAUUGUCUUCGGCUCCCAACGUCUCUCAGCACCUGAAAAACCUUGCCAGUGCUCGACCCUUCAGUGUACUCCUUACGCGCUGUGUCAGCGAGAGCCUUGUCGACUCUCUUGGUGAUAAAGUGGUCGGGAUGAUGGUGUCCGACACGUCAAUCGACAACUUUCUCAAGAGCAUCCUGACUACAUUCAAUGGUGUCGACCUGAUCAGCCCCUUGCGGAGAACUGCGGCAGAAACCCUCAAUAUCCUCAACGAAGUCCGCGACCUUCAGCGCUACAACUUCUCCGAGGCAUUGACGAAGACUGGCGAACACCUGACGGAAAUUGCGGACUUUGACAACUACGUGAGCCAGCUGGAGAGCCUUAACAUCGAGAACCUGAAAGACCAGAUCAUGGCGCUUCGGGAGACUGUGGGACUACUCUCACUCCGCUUGAGGACACCGAUUCGUCAGCUUUACGCCGACUUGCAGUCCAUCCGUGGGCAUUAUAACCAACUAAUUGACGAGUUAAAUCGUUUUUCUUCCGAAUUGGAUCAUACUGUUCCCACUUCGAUUGGAGCGCAGAUUGAGAGCAUGCGGCCGCUCUUUCUGAAGGAGCUGCGUCUGGCGGUGAUUGCAAGUUGGCGAGACAUUCCUUGCACCCGUCUCUACAACGCUGCCACUGCAGGUGUCUAUGCCAACGGUCUCUGGUUUGGACUGGGACUCUUCCUGCUGCUCUGCGUCCCGGCCCUCGUAUUUGGUGUAAAGUUAGUCAACCUCUAUCGCAAGACCGAAAAGUACAGCCCUGAUUAUGAGCAACCGGACUACAUCUCUUACCAUGCAUUCUACAUGAGACCAGCAACUAGUGAGGGUGAUGUACAAUCCCGAAGAAAGCAUCGCCCACGAAAAGGAAAGGCAUCAAACCGAUCAUAUGGAAAGGCUGGUGAUGGCCCGGCUUACGGCUUCAGUCACCGACACGGUCCCUCCAGCAAUUCCACCUACCAAACCGUUUCUGUGUAUCCCUAUGACGCUUACGAAUAA